AUGAAAUCAAAAAAAGAGAAUAGUAGUUUUCAAGAAACUAUUAAUCCAACUUCGCAGCCAUCAUUAGAAAAAACCUCUUCUUUCACAACAACAAAAGCCAAUGACAAUAACAAUAAUAGUCGAUUUGUUACACCUUCGGGAGGUGGUGCCCAAUUAGCAGUGAUCCGGGAUUCACCAAAUAAUCCGUUUGGACCUAUUGCCGUUUCAAAGGAACUAAUAUCAUUACGUGCUGCUGGCGGCGAUCCGGAAAUUGAACGUCGUAAAAGACGUGAAACUGUUAAAGAUAUCGAAGCAGGAUUUGAUAUAGGUGGCUUUAUGAUCUGUAUAAGAGAUAAUCAGAAAGUAAUCACGGAAUUGAAGUAUAGCGACGAUAUUAGUCCAAUUUCACACUCUUCGAAACUAUUAUGGCCUUCUAAUUUUCAACAAGAUGAUAGUAGUAUUGACUCUGCAAGUAAUAAAGACGAGUCACAUCAGCCAGUAACAGCAAUAAGUGCAAGAGAAGAAACACUUCAAAAGGAAGAAAAUAUGCUAAAAUCCGCUAAUGUCUCGUCUAGCAUGGGAAAAUCAGUUUCUUCCAUCAUUUCAACACAUGAAGAAGUUGCAUUACUCGAAAAAGAAAAACAUCCAGAAAUACUCAAAAAUUCAACUAAGAUCAUCCAAGGAAAAUCGACUCCAAUUGGGGUCAUCUCUAAAUCUGAUAACAACUACACACACACGGAAAUAGUCGUCAAUCAAAAUACUACAAAAUCUGACAGCAAUAAAAGGAAAGGAUCUUUUUUGGACAGUGAGGAGGAAGAUAACACAACCAACACAAAUAUUCGCAAAAGAAUCAAAAAGUCCGCUAAGAACAAACAAAAACAGAGAGAGGAAAAAGUUGCAGUUAAAAGAAAACGGACUGAAGAACUCGAUUACUCAAGCGAAAGUCGAACAGACUUUAACGCUUCAGAUGAUUCUUUGGAAGAUGAAAAAUGCAAGAAACGAGAAAGUGCUGAUCAAAAACCUCCAUCAACUCCUCCUGCUUCAAAAUAUUUGUCAUCAUCAACUCCCCCUCCCGCUCCAAAACGAGAUUCACCAAACAAUCCAUUUUUAGAUUACGACGGUUCUUUACGACAUCCCCAUGAAAGCUCAUUAAGCACACCUCCUUUAGAUUACUCGACACAUAAAGUUCGUGUCCAUGAAGCGCAACAUCAAAUGGCAUAUGUAUUUCGUGGAGUUCGAUUUCCCAUCCCAGCAACUUUUUAUAAUGAUGACGAUGACCCAAAUGAUCCAAUAGGACCAAUUCAACCACGAAAUCUUCUUGCUACCUUCCAACAACAAGAUUCUGAUGAUGACGACGAUUAUACUAAAUCGCGUGCAUUGGCCGACUCUUCCAAUGAUCCUCUUCUCGGACCCGAUAAAAAUGAAAUCGCAGAAGAUUCGGAAAAUCCUUUCGCUGAAUCUGAUGAAAUUAUUCAUAUCGAUCCUAAUGAUAAGACGUCAAAACGUAUCACCGAAUACGCUACUAUUGGUAAAUUACGCAAAAAUCCGUCGAUGAGCAAUCCAAAUAGCAAAAAGAAGGCCCAAUAA